CAUCCCGUCUCGCAAUUUGAGGCCUCUUCUUGAUCGUCAUCUACGUUAGUACCCUCUAUUGUCAAGUACAUCUUCUUGGGAACUGUAUUUGUGUGAGCCGCCUUUGAGCGACGCACGGACGAAUCGAGUGGCAAAUACGGUUCAACUGAGCCGUGGAUCUCCGACCUAGACACGCGUCAGAACGCGCUCCUGAAUGGCAACUCGCUCGUCAACGCGAGCAGUCGCGUCCGCUUCCGCCUCCCCUGCCCCUCCAAGGCGUCUUGCCGUCGCCCAGCCUGCAUCAACAGCAUCGCCACAGCUCCUCGAGCUUAGGCGCCAGUGGAAAUGGGCUGCCCUCAGCCAGUUCUUCUGUACCUUUGCUCAGCUUAUUGCAUUAGAGGAUGUAUCUCUCGUGGAUAUUGAGGAGGAUCUUGUAAAUUCUACGAUGAUUGUCAUUCCCCGCCUUAUGCAACGCCUACUCGUCACUUUGACUCAAGAUAGGAAGAUAUCGGUGGUAAAUUGGCAGCCCGCCCUCAGGCGGCAAUAUUUACGAAGAGAUCCCGCAGCUAAUCCCAUCGGCGUUGAACCUAUCGUCUCGCGUAACUCACGAGCAGCAACUGUAGAAGCAGAAAUUAAAUCUGAGGAGCGUGAGUCGUCCUGGACAGACGAACAUGAGCCCCCUGGAGGCAACGAACAAGACAAAUCUGUCGACGAAAACAAAAUUGUGAAUGGGGAAGACGGAGGUAAUGUUGAGGAGCCGGAGCCUGACCAUGCUGUUAAUGAGAGUGCGCACCCGUCACGUCAUACGAGCGUCGGUGUCAUCAAGGAUGACGAGGAGAGCGAGAAUGAGCAAAAUGCGCAAGGCUCUAUCAAGGAUUGGGCUGAGCUUUCGAUGCUGGAGAAGCUAGAUAGCAUCCACCUGGUUACGGAAUGGCACUUUCAAAAUCCUCUGCGAUUAAGGUCUAUUAUGCGUAGUGAUGACGAUAACGCAAGCUGGCGGAUAGAACCGAUUGGGUACGAUGCGAAAAGGAAUGCUUAUUGGUAUAUCGGAUUGGAUCGUCUUUGGAUCCAACGCAGUCCUCCGAAGCCUCCAAAAAAGACGGGAAAGCGCAAAGCAGUCUCGCAUGAUAAUUCACGCAAAACAAAAGCACGGCGCAUUGAGCACACGGAAAAAACGAAGUCAGAAGGUACUGAUAAGUCUUCACGGACGGGGAAGACUUCCAAGUCUACUCGGCCAAAACAAGCCAGUACGCCCCGCAAAUCCGGACGUGGCUCUCGCCAAUCUUCUGGAAUCAAUGAUGAACCCUCUGCGGUGUCGUUAAAUGGAAGGGCUCGAGCAGCAAAAACACAGGCCAAUGUAAAGUUAGACUUACAGGCCAAGCAGCUUGCAGCUGCCAAGGCCGAAAUGGAAUCUUUUAACCGUAGAUCAAGCGGUAGGACUUCACCGUCUAAAGCAUCUAACCAUCAAACACUUGGCACCAGGGUCAGCCGCCGACUGCGUGGUCGACAAGACAAUGACGAUGACGACGAAUGGCAGGAAAUACCAGAAGAAUGGCUACCUAAGGACGAGGAAGCUGGCUACAAGUCUUCACCAACGAGAGCAUCUGGAACUAGGUCAAGUACAAGAAUCAAGAUACCAGCUCGCCCGAAGAAAGAAGAAACCCCGCCGUUGCGAUCUUCAGCUCGGAAUAGGAUAGCUCGGGACGCGGGAUUAGAGAGCGAUGACGAAAGCGAAUUAACGGAGCUCUCCGAUUUGGAAUCUUCGAAUGACCGGGACGACGUUACUCGUGCGGACACACCUUCAGAUGCCGCUGCCGAUGCAGCUAAGGACGCGGACGUCAAGAUGGAUGAUCUGCCAGAUGUCGCUACAGACCAACCGCCUGAUUUCGUUGAGUGGGAAACGCUGUGCAUUUCUUUAGAAGAAUGGGAGGCCAUUUCACACAGAUUUGAGAAGGCAACGCACUAUCUGGAGAAGGCUUUGCAUAAAAUAUUGGUACAAGAAAUCGUACCAUACGUCACUAGUAACCUUCUCGAGAUCGAGAGGCAGCGUGCAAAGGAGGAUGCGCUCAUGAAUAGAAAGCGGUCGUCGCGUAUUGCUAUUAAAGAGAUGGAGAAGGAAGCCGAACGGUUGGCUACCGCGAGACAGGCGGAAGAAGACGAGAAGAUGGCACGAAUGAGACGUCUCGAGGCGCGUGCCCGAAGAGAAGAGGAGGAAAGACUACGCCGCGAGCAGGCACGGGAGCAGCGCCGGAAGGAGCGAGAGGAACGCGAACUUGCAAGGAGUCGUCGAUUGGAGCGCGAAAGGCGAGUUACGGAAGACGAGCCAGUCGAAAUACAGUCACAGCCCGAGUCCAGCGAUGCAACUAAGCCCCAGAAUGUUCCCUCUAGUUCUGGUUCAGCGAAGACUUCCCGUCCUCGUGGCGGUACAAAAGCCAACAAGCGGACCAAGACAGGCGACUGGGAACUCGAUUGCGAGAUUUGUGGUUCGAAAGGCAUUAACAAGGCUGAAGGUAUUGCGUUAAUGAGUUGCGGCAAGUGCAACAAAUGGCAACACAUUCCUUGUCACGAUGCUGUCGACAAGAAAGCCGGAAGACGGCUGCGCAACUGGGACGUCGUCGACUUCUUCUGCAGACGCUGUCUCGCAUUGCAGAAAGUCAAUAUACCCGCGCAUGCCUCUCAAACUCCACGGACCUCUUCGAAUGGCAAUGCUCCUGAACAUCAUUCUGGAAGCCGCAACACGUCCCCUAUGUACAUGAAUGGAUCUCCGGCUGCAGUUAAUGGCGUGCCUGCGAAUCCUCUUGCAAUCAAUAUGAUCGCCCGACAGCACCAUACCUCUCCUGGAUCAUCGUCUUUCGCAGGCUUCGCACAUUAUCAGCCGCAACAACGCGGGUUCUCUCCACACCCCUCUGUUCUUCACCCACAGCAUGCACAACACCCGCGCACACUUGCAAAUCCCACCUACCCUUCUGUAGCGGGUCGUGGCGUGCCCGCUGCUUGGGAAGCACGACCUCAAAACAAUGCUUAUUCUAGUCAAGGUGUGGAACGCGGCGCCUACCAGCUCCCACCUCUACAGCAAUCCGUUUGGACCACAAACGGUGCCACUAAUCGACAUUCCCCGGAUUUCCGACAACAGCACAGCAUAGCGACGAACGGCCCUGUACCCUAUUAUCCAGCGCAGACUAGUCAGUCUCCACAGCCAUAUAAUCCCCCAUCCCAGCAGAAAUCAUACAGCAAUCCGGCUUCGUACCAUCCAUAA